CAGAUCGGAACUAUAGGUUAUGCGAAGCCACAUAGGCUUUCAUGGAAAGUUUGGGUGUGUGCGAGUUGUUGUGACUGCCAAUACUCAACAUCGAGCCUCUGCUCAUUUUAAUACAAAACUAUCAAGUCAAAUAUGUAGCCUACUAUCGGAUGUACGUUAUUUACCUCGAUAGUGACCGGAAAAAGAAAACGGGUGUUAUCCGGCAAACGGAAAAUGCGAGGGGUCAUCAUCAUGCAGCAAGAAUCAGUAGGCCUAUUAGGCUAUUCGUCAACAAGAUAAGCUUGUUGGACUUGUUGGAAUUCUGUCUAUUACUUACUGUCAGGCAAAUCAUGCAACACCUGCCUGCAAUAUAUUUCCUCAUAACGUUUGUUUCACAGAGAAUGUGAUUCCCCGUGGAACUCAUGUCUUUCCGUUUAGCCUCCGAAUACCCAUGGGGUGAGUAGAAAAAAGCAUACCAUCAUCAUUCAGAGGUCGCCAUGGGAAAGUAGUACACAUGCUAGAAACUGUACUGAGCAGAAGUUGGAAGAUGGACUGCACAGAAACUCAGGAAUUAAACUUUGUCUCCAAGUCUAACAUGAAUUAUACUGGCCCACUCAUGUCUCCUCAGGUUCUUGCAAUAGAAAAGGACUUCACCUUCUCCUCAGGAAAAAUCAACAUGGACGUCCACGUCGAAAAGAUGGGUUUUACACUAGGUGAAGUGGUACAUGUCCGUGCCAACAUUGACAAUUCUUCUUCCAAAGAACUUACACCCAAAUUCAGCCUGACUCAGACAGUGGUGUUCAAGGCUCAAGGCUCCAGGAAUGUUAAUAAGAAUACAAUCUUUAAAGCUGUUGGGGACUGCAUCUCUGGAAACACCCAACAGACUGUUAAUGUGGCUUUGAAGAUUCCUGAUGACCAACCUCCGACCAUUCUAAAUUGUAGCAACAUCACAGUAGAGUACAAGCUAAAGGUGUAUUUGGAUAUCAGUUUUCACCGAGAUCCAGAGGUGAAGUUUCCCAUGGUUCUCAUACCUGUUGACUACCAAGCUAACAUGGGUGGAGCAAUGGGGCUCAACCCAUCUGGGGUCCCAAUCUACAGUGACUUCUCCACCCUUGCUCUAUUUGGACCACACACUCAACCACAACAAUCCCCUUACCCAUUGGCCCCCACAUCUCAUUCACCACGUAAAGUCAUUCAUCCACCCCCUGCCCCCAUGUAUAACCCUACCCCGUAUGCUCCAGUGUACAACCCUACCCCAACUGCCCCCAUGUUCAACCCUACCCCAACUGGCCCCAUGUUCAACCCUACCCCAACUGCCCCCAUGUUCAACCCUACCCCAACUGCCCCCAUGUUCAACCCUACCCCAACUGCCCCCAUGUUCAACCCUACCCCAACUGCCCCCAUGUUCAACCCUACCCCAACUGCCCCCAUGUUCAACCCUACCCCAACUGGCCCCAUGUUCAACCCUACCCCAACUGGCCCCAUGUACUCUUCCCCAUAUGAGGCUUCAAAUCUGGAGCUACCCCCUUCUUAUUCCUCCCUUUUCACUCCGUCUACACCUCAGUCAGAUCCCCCGAGCUACAGUGACGCCAAAUAGACUUCUGAACCACCUCAAAAAUGUCUCCAACACACACACACCUCAGUGUUGUGACUGUGUCAGUUUCAACAGAUGUCAUGAAGAAGUUACAUUCUAAGUAUGCCUUACUGACGAGCUUACCAUCUAACCCAUAGAGUCAAAUAACUGUAAUUCCAUUGGUAUUGGCAUCAUUUGGUUAAUGUUAACCCUUGUGCUGCCUUCGGGUCACAUGACCCAAAGGUUCAUAAUGAACCAUCAUUGUGUUUACCCAAUUUUACCCAAUACAAAAACAAAUAAAAAUAAUUUUCUUUUAACCUUUGCAAUGUGGGGGGUCUGAGACAGCCCAACGGUUAAAAGAAAAUGCUUCACUUUGUUUUUGUAUGCGGUAAAGUUGUCGCAAUACGACGGUGGGUCACAAUGACUGAUGGGUCAGAAUGACCCGAAGAUAACACAAGGGUUAAAACACUGUUUAGUUUCCCAUCUUCCUUUAAACAUCGGGGAAUAGUUUGGGUUGUUUGGCCAAUAUUAAAACCCCUACACUCAUUAGAAGUUACAUUCUAAAUAUGCCUUACUGAAGAGCUGGCCAGUAGAAUGUGCGGCAGCUUUGCAGUUUACUGGCUUCACUAGGUACUGUACAGUCUGUGUCAAAUGUAUAUGUUAACAAUACUAACAGGUAAAACAUUUCAAGAAAAAUUUACUAUUUGUUUUCCUAACAACUAACAUAAGUCUACCUUCGAUCUUAGUAAACAAAACAAACCAAAAAGGAUUUGUUGCACUGCAGUCAAACAAAAGCAAUUAAUGGGCUACAUUGUUAUUUUCACUGAAAUGUGCCUUAACUGUUCAACAAAUCUGACAUGGUAGUGUAGCAUGGAAGGAGACAUGACCGAUGAUGUGCAAAUGUUCAAUAUCACCCAGGGGAUCAUGUUGCAUGUGCGUUUGUAUGUAAAUACAAUUUUUCAAUGCAAAGAGAAAGGUAGCUGAUAAAUAUCAGUCCCCACCAACACCGUGUGAUGUUUCAUUUCAGCUACCAAAAGAACAUCUGUGGGCUUUUGUGUGGUCAUUUGUGACCUUGUUUGUAAAAACGUCUGUCCAAAUACAUUGUUUUGAUCAUUGUUAUCUUUAUUACAAUAAAAUAAAGCAACGUAG